UUCUCGCCGGCCGACAAGCGGAGCCCAAGAUGUCAUUUGGUUCAAUUGCAAUUUAGUGCAUGCAUUAUCAUUAGCGUUUGGAUUAAAAUAAUUGAACGGGAAACAGCGUUCUUUAGUGAUCUCUGUCCAACAUUAUUGUGAUCUAUGAUUAAUCAUUUGCCAACUAUUGUGUUGGACAUGGAGCUAAGGUACUUAAGGAGAAAGGCACUCAAUUACUAAAAAGGGUCUUCCCCCAGAAAUCUUUUUCGGUUUUUCUUUCCCCACACGAGAACUUUUUUGACGCCAGAGGCCCAGAAGUCCAGAACGCUCCUCUCUUGAUAAACCCCCACAAUAAGCCAAUUCUCAGAUACCCAUCAUAAUCAUUUCUUGGGUUGUUCUUGUUCUAGAAAGAAUCUGAGAAAUCGACGGUUUUCGUUGGGGAUUUUCCCAGAAAAGGUGUGAUGUUUGGAGUAAUAUCAGAGGAUUGAAAUGGGUCAGUCUCGAAUUCUCUCCCCAUUUUCUCUGGUGUUUUUGAUUCUUGGUUCUUUCGUUGUUGUUGGGUUGUGUUCGGAUUACAAGGAAUUGGUGUUCAAAGGGUGUGCGAACCAGAAAUCCCAGGAUGGAACUGGGGUUUUCUCUCAGAAUCUGGAGACCCUGUUUGAGACUCUGGUUUCCCAAUCAUCCGCCGCUAAAUUCUACAAAACCGCCGCCGGCAGCGGCCAAUCGAGCAUCGCUGGGCUGUUCCAAUGCCGGGGCGACCUCUCCGCCUCAGAUUGCAGCGAUUGCGUGCAGAAAACCACCGACAUGUCCAAGAACCUCUGCGGCGACUCGAUCGCGGGUAGAGUCCAGCUGGUCGGGUGUUACAUCAGGUACGAGGUGUCCGGGUUCCGGCAAGUCGGCCCCACCGAGCUGCUCUACAAGCUCUGCGGGUCAACCCAGGUGAGCGGGUCGGGGUUCGACGAUAGAGUGGAGACGGCGCUCGGGGAGAUCGCCAAGGGCGUGGAAACCGGCAACGGGUUCUACACCGGCGGGUAUGAAUCGGUUUUCGUGCUCGGCCAGUGCGAGGGCGAUUUGGGAAGCGGCGACUGUGUGAACUGUGUGAAAAACGCGGCGGAGAAGUCAAAGAGCAGCUGCGGCUCCGCCAUUUCCGCCCAGAUAUAUCUCCAACAGUGCUACAUUAGCUACACUUACUACCCCAACGGCGUUCCCACUAAAUCAUUCCCCUCUUCCUCCUCCUCGGGGACAAGACAUAACACUCAAAAGACAGUGGCAAUUAUCCUGGGAGGAUUGGCCGGUGUGGGGUUGGUUCUUGCUUGCCUGCUAUUCACAAAAUCGGCUUUCAAGAAAAAGACUCAUUCCAAGUACUAUGGAGGAUAAAGGUAACUGAAAAGAAUUGCAGAAGUUGAAUCUCAGGGCCUCAAUGAUUGGGGAAGAGUAAAGAGAAAGGGGGGAGAAAGUAUAUGCAUCUGCUUUUAUUCACCUUGAGAUUGCUCCUGGGAAUUUCCUUCUGCUCCAAGUUUUGGUCAUCAUGUUUUCUCCCCAUUUCUUUUUCUUCAUCUUCUUCUUCUUUUUUCCUUUAGUAGUUUGGACAGCUGCCUCUCUUAGGAAAGCAGUAUUAGUGGUUUAGUGCUAUUGGUGUUUUUCUUUCUGAUGGAGACAUGAAUGUAUAUCCAGUAUCUACAGAUUGGCUAAUGGAAGAUGACAUAUGAUUCAAAAGAUAGUAAUAUAGUAGUGUAUGAUCCUCUUUUUCUCUU